AUGCUCCAAGGAAAAAUGAUGGCUUGCAAAUUGCUCCUUGUCCUGACCCUAUGGACAAUGUCUACGGAGGCCUUUCCCAAAGGGGCUCAGAGGAAGACGUGCCACCUCUCAAAAUACAAGUCCCUGCCACCCUGGGAACUGGAGACCUUCAAGAAUGUCAAGGACAGAUUUGAGGACAUCAUGCUGUUGUCAGACCGAAAAUGCAACACCAAGAUUUUCCACCGGAACUGGGAAGUCAAAGAGCUGUCGGUGCACGACAGAGUGAUCCUGGUAGAGACGGAGCUGCACCUCGUUAUUGACGUGCUGGAGAACUUUGGGGAUCCCAGUCUGUCUGAGCAGCUUGUGAAGCCAUUAGAAAUCCUGAGGCACAUCAGAGAGGACUUGAAGAGCUGGGCUAGACAUCAGCCUCACGGCCAUCAACGCUCCCAGACACUGACUAAAUGGCUCCUAAAAUUCCAUGCCGCCAAGAAAAUGGAGACUCCGGGGUGCCUGGAAGCAUCUGUGAUCUUCAAUCUCUUCCGACUCCUGAACGAAGACUUGAAGUGCACAGCCUACAUGGAGUUCUGCACCUAAACGCAAAGUCUUUACACUGUCUCACCUCAUGCGUCUAAUCAGACACUGGAGAGCCCAGCAAAUGGGAACCCUGAAUCCUUCCUACAGGACACUGUAUUUUAACCAGGCAUGAUGUUCUUUCUGACUUGGCAUCUUACCACGGAUACCCAUCACCCAUGAUCUCUGAACAAAAGAUUCUGAUACAGCUGAUCUUCAGGAAGAGAUCUCUCCGACUCCAAUUGCCAGUAGCUGAUUGGUUGUAGGCCAAUUCCUUAAGUGCAGCUAAAGUGUAUGGCCUGUUCCCACAGAAAUCAAUGGGAGAUUGGCCAUUGAUUUCAGUGGGAUUAAAAUUUGGCCCUAGAGGAUAGUAUUAUUUAUUGUAUUGGUUGAUUGCUACGCAAAAAUAUUUGCCAAUAGUAUGUUGUGUUGCUGUUAUUUAUUUUAAUUUAAAGGACUAGUUUUUCCCACCGUUUGUUUGAUUUACAGACUAGUGACUAUUUCAUUAUUGUCUUAGAAAGAUGCUGGAAAAUGCAAUAAUGUUGAUGCAUGGAAGGUGUUGCUGUAUUAGACAGAUUCCGAGAAUCUAUUUUUGUUUUACUGGCUGACAUAAUGUUAAGCCAUCUGAUGCGAUCCUUAUUUAAACAAAUCUGAUUUGUAUUUAAGUUAUUUAUUGUAUCUAUCAUUUUUAUGUGCAUAUUUAUCAAAUGGGCUAUUUUUGUAAUAUUUAAUGUAA